AUGGUUCUUCCGCUUUUCCUUAUCGCAGGACUUCUUUUAGGUGUGAACUCCAUCAGAGUCGGCAAUGCAGAGACUUUUUUGCUUAAUCCAAACUACCAAGUUGAGUAUUUUACAGAACCGAUUGACCAUAUGAAUCGUGAUUCAGGUUUCAUCAACAUCAAAGCUUUGAUUAUGAACGGAAGCCCUUCAGGGCCAGUUUUUGUUUAUACAGGAGGGAAUCAUCCAAUUGAAUACGAAUUCCAAGGCGCUGGGUUCAUCACUGAGUACUUGCAGCUUGAAUUAAACGCGACUGUGAUAUUCAUUGAGCAUAGAUACUACGGCGACUCAGUUCCAAGUGAAGAAGACUACCAAUACCUGACGACGAGCCAAGCCCUUUAUGACUUCGCUGACAUCUUAGACCAAGUCGUCCCAUCUAACACCACAGCUGUCAUUGCCUUUGGCAGCGUCUACAGUGGGAUGUUGGCUGCUUUCAUGAGAAUUAAGUACCCUCAUAUAAUUGAUGGAGCCAUUGCAAGCUCAGCACCUCUGCUUGCCCAACUUGAUACACAAGGGACUGGCUUCUCCAGAGUUGUGAGUUAUGAUUAUUAUAAUUAAAUAUGGCAUCAUUAUCUAUAUAUCUCCUUCAGCAAAUAAUUGAUUAUGAGGUUCAAUCUGAUCCUUAAGAAUGCUAAGGAGCGACGCACAACUGUAUGGCCCAUGAAACUGAAAGGUGAUGGCUUUCUACCAACCUAAGAUGGUAGACCUUUAGCAACUAAACAUCUCAUACGAGGAAAAGCAAGGUCACCGUCAAAGACUGAAUAAUUCCCCAGAGACUCCAAUUAAUUCCUCCAUUCAGAUUUUUACUGAUAAAAAAAAUAGAAAUUCUAGAGACUCCAGCUGCAGUGAGAUGAGACCCAUCAGAGAGAUUAAACGAGAUAGAUUAAUUAAGGCUUAUGAUUACUCAAUGAGCAACGUAAAUCAGCUCUGCCACAUCUGGAUCACUGAUGGUUUCAACAUUUUGAGCAACCUUAUCAGCCGCCCUACCCUUUACACUGCACUGGAAGACACUUUCCACACUUGCCAGUCCUUAAAUGACAUGGGCGACAUUGUCCAGCUUCAAGAUUGGCUGACUUCUAUUAUCAAGUCAAUUGCUUUAUACAACUUCCCUUAUGUUUCCAAUGUCUAUGGCCCUCUCCCACCAUGGCCUGUCAACGUGGCUUGCCAGCUGCUUCAAAAAUACAACAUGGCUCCAGUUAAUCAGUGGUCAACACUUCAAGGGAUGUAUGAAGUCGCUAAUUUGUAUUUAAAUUACACUGGAAGAGCUACCUGUUUUGAUAUUUACAACGUCUUUGAAGAAGGACAACCAUGGAUGUACCAACAAUGCACUGAGCUUAUGAUGCCUAUGGGACAAUACGGCCCUAUAAAAACUGCCUCCAACCCUCUUGGAGGAAAUGACAUGUUCCCAGUCAGGCCAUGGAGCACUGCCCAAUUUAUCCAAAUGUGCCAAAGCGUGUUCGGCGUGACCCCUAAGCCAAGUUGGAUUUCUGUGAACUACGGGAUGUCAGCAAACGUAAAUGAGACCUUGCAGUACGCUUCAAAUAUCGUUUUCUCUUAUGGACAGCUUGAUCCAUUCAAGUACUCCUGCAUUCAAGACGAAAUUAACCCUCAAACGACAGUUUUCUACAUCAGAAACGCCACAACUGCAGUCGAUCUGAGAACUCCUUCCCCAAAUGAUCCUCAAACCCUCAUGUACGCAAGAAACCACGAAGAAAUCUUAAUCAGCCAGUGGAUUGCAGCUAAAGCGAGCUCAACUGCAUAG